CACACACACAGAUACACACACACACGUGUUUGUGGGAAAGGCUACUACUAUUUAACCCAAGCAGAUUACACGCCCCCAUCACAUUCAGUGGUAGAGCUACAGACAGAAUAAUGAAGACUCUUAUCCUAGCGGUGGUUCUGCUGUUGGCAGUGACCAGCGGUUUUGCCCUGGAUUGCAACCGCUGUGUUCCGCUGAAACCGGGUGGAACCUGCACUGUCACCACGGAAACCUGCCCACCUGAAAAGGAUGCAUGCGCAGCUGCCAAGUUCCUCAGCGCCCCCUUCUCUCACUUCCAGAAGUGCAUCAGCAUGUCUGAUUGCCAGAUGCUGCAGACCAACUCCUACAUCAAUAUCAAGUGCUGCCAGAAGGAUCUCUGCAAUGUCUUCUAGAAUCUUCUAGAAUCUCCCAGAACAUUCCAGACCCUUCUGUUACCAUCUCUCCUGUUUACUAAAGUCUUCUUUAGGACUGCAUGCUAAGCAACUUUGUGAGCAUUGUUGUAAAAGAAAACUACCGAAUAUAACAAGAUUGGAUAAUAGAAAAUAAAAAAAGUGAUGGAGUACAUCGUUUUCUGAAAUAAAAAGUUCAGUCUAAAUAAAACAAUAUAUGACAAUG